AAAAGCAAAAGGAGGGCAAGCAAAAACCUGAUCUUGACGUUCAGGCUAACAGAAAACCUGACCAAAAAUGGCCUUGAAGCGGUUCCUGAGGCCCAUUGCUAAACCAUCCCCCUCAUCGUCAUCACUGCCCCUUUCUCCGAUCCCCAACCCUCCGCCUCCGGCCCCACCUGAUACUUCUCUCCCCCCACUUCCUACUCUAACUCUCUCUCCCGAUCCCCACUAUCAUCACCUCCUUCACUUCGUUAAGACCCAUCUUGCUCCUCCUUUCACAGCCGACAGCCUUCUCCACUUCCUCAAAUCCAAGCUCCAUCACCAUCCUAGCUUCACCAUCUAUGACUUUCAUAUCUUCAAUUGGGCAUCCACGAUUGACUCCUAUCGCCACAACCACUCCACUUUCGAAUGGAUGGCUCGUACUCUCGCUGUUACCAACCGUCUGGUUGAACUCCGAGCUCUUCUCCAAUUCAUGGCUUCCAAUCCUUGCCCCUGCUCCGACGGUAUUUUCUCUUGCUCUCGAACCGAAUCCAUAUUCCAGUUUGUGAUUAACGCGUUUUGUAAAGCUCGGAAACUGGAGGAUGCUGUUUUCGCUUUUGAUUGUAUGCGGAGAUUGAUUGAUGGGAAGCCUAAUGUGGUUAUUUGUAAUUGCUUGAUCCAUGGAUUUGUAAAAUGCGGAAGGCACGAUAGAGCGUUGGAAUUUUAUGAUAAAAUGCUUAGAGAUAGGGUCAAGCCUGAUGUGUUUACUUUUAAUAUUUUGAUCAGUAGUUAUUGUCGAAUUUCACAGUUUGGAUUGGCUUUGGAGUUGUUUAAGGAGAUGAGAGAAAAGGGGUGCAAUCCCAAUGUGGUUACUUUUAAUACUUUGAUUAAGGGGCUCUUCAGGGAGCGGAAGAUUGAAGAAGGGAUUGAGAUGGCCUACGAGAUGAUUGAAUUGGGGUGUCAGCUUUCAAGUGUAACAUGUGAGAUUUUGGUUGAUGGACUUUGUAAGGAAGGUCAGGUUUUGCGAGCAUGUGAAAUAUUGGCAGACUUGUCUAGCAAGAGACUUUUGCCCAAUGGAUACGAUUAUUUUGUUUUGGUGGAAACUCUUUGCGGCAAAGGGAAUGUCGUUCGGGCAUUGGAGCUUAUUUAUGAACUGUGGAACCAAGGAAAUGCCCCGGGCUUGAUUGCUUGCACUACAUUAAUUGACGGUUUAAGGAGCUUGGGGAAGACUGAAGAAGUAUUUAGAUUGUCAGAAAAGAUGCUUAAAGAGGAUAUAGUUCUCGAUAUUGUGACUUUCAAUUCUGUUCUUCGGGAUACUUGUAAUAUGCGAAGAACAGCUGAUGCAAAUAAGUUGAGAUUGCUGGCUUCAACAAAGGGUUUAAAACCAGAUGGCAUGACCUAUAGAAUUUUAGUUUCAGGGUAUGCACGAGAGGGAAAUCAAAAGGAGGGAGAGUCAGUGUUAAAUGAAAUGUUGGAUAGGGGAUUUAUAUCUGAUCUUGCUACAUAUAAUAAAUUGAUGUAUGGUUUUCUCUAAUUGGAUAUGUUCUAAACCCGGGAAGGUUUACAAAAUUGAUUAGUGAAAUUAUACAGACAAUGUAACAUUUAAUUGGUCGUCAAUUAAGACUUAUUUAAACUUGAUGCGAAGAUGACUGAGAAACUCUCUAGCUGGACAUAAGAAUUGUCAUAUAUUGAAGACAGGUGGAGGAUCUAGUUUUGCACAAAGAUAAUGUGGAAAUUGCCAUGGAAGAUGACAAUUCUCCUAAAUUCUGUGACUUUUUCCCGCUUUAUGAAUGGUGAAUUUUCCUAAUUUAUGCAAAACCCGUGGGGAUAAAUUGGGAUUAAUUCUGGUUUCCACUUCCUCUUUAUGGGUUACUACCAGAUGCCAUUUCGUUUAACCUUCAAGAAUCAUAGUCAGCUGCUUUGAAGCUGCAAGAUUAUGAGUAGUGUUGUUUUGUUGUUUCUGCUGGGCAUAUGUCCACUCUUCUACUAAACCAGAAGUUUUUAAAUUCAUUUUUUCUUCUCUGUUAAGAAGUUUUCUAUAUCUCAUGUAUAAUUUUUUGAGACUGUGUGGGUCAAUUGCACUCAGAUGACUGUCCAUAUGUAGCGUUGUCAGUA